AUGGCUCCCAGUCGGACAGGCGACUCCCCAAUCCGGGACUACCCCAUUCCACCACCAAAGGUCACUUACGAUAUCAAUGUCCCCUAUGUUCCGCCGUCGGGAGAGUAUGAGCGCCGGAUCCAGGACAGAACUGAAUUUCCGGAAUAUUUGCCAGUAUGGGAGGAAGGUACUUGGUUCGAUGAGUGCCCUGUAUCCGACUACGACGAUCCGGCGCUUCGUGCAGACAAGACUAAGCCGCAUCUUCUCACAGAAGGCGUAGAGGCUCGACCUAUUACACCCAAAAUGGGCACUAUCUUGACUGGGGUCAAACUUGAGAAUUUAGGCCCAGAAGCAAAGGACGAACUAGCCCUCCUAACUUCGGAGCGCAAGGUGGUUGUAUUGCGGGAGCAGUCUGGAUUCCUCCACUCAGGUCCCGCCUACCAGGUGGAGUUUAUGGAGCACUUUGGCAAGCUGAGCCACCAGCCAGUGACUGGGGCGGUCAAAGGGUUCCCGCAAUUCCACAUCAUCCAUCGCGACGGCAACGGAGACGAGAUUGCGAACUUCUUCAAGCACAAAACGACAAGUACGAUCUGGCACCAUGAUGUGUCUUACGAGCGCCAACCCCCUGGUUAUAUUAUGCUCGGCAUCCUGGCCUGCCCGGACGUGGGUGGUGACACUGUCGUGGCCGACAUGGCUGAAGCCUACAACCGUCUUUCUCCCGCUUUCCAAGGCAUGGUCAACCAGAUGCAAGCCGUCCACACCUCAGAGAAGCUGAUCGCCCACGCAAGAGCAAACAAGGGCCUCAUCCGGAGCGAUCCAAUUGACACCGUCCACCCCGUUAUUCGUGUUCACCCUGUCACUGGCCAGCGAGCUAUCUUCACCAAUAUGGAAUGGCCCAAGAGUUACCUAGGUCUCAAGGAGGAAGAGGCACAAGUGGUCAUAAAAUAUCUCAUGGAUCAUGUACGCAUGGGUCAUGAUUUCCAGGCAAGGGUACACUGGGAGAAGCACUCAGUGGUUAUGUUUGAUGGAAGGACUACUCUUCAUACUGCAACAGUGGACUAUGAUCAUGCUGAGCAAGCACGUCAUCUUUUCCGGCUUGCUGCAAUGACGGAAGUCCCAAUAUCAGUAGCAGAAGCUGAGAAGCGAGGCCUGUAA